UGCUGCCGCUGUUGAGUCUGUGGGAGUAUGAAUCAGCAGCAGAGGAUGGCUGCAGUCGGGACAGACAAAGAACUCAGUGACUUGCUAGACUUCAGCAUGAUGUUCCCGCUGCCUGUGGCCAAUGGAAAAUCGAGGCCUACCACAUUGACCAGCACUCAGUUUGGAGGUUCAGGUUUGGAGGAGAGAACAGGCUCUGGGUCAUGGGGGACAGCAGGAGAUCAAAUCAAUUCCUCAUUUGACCAAGGAAGGGCUUACAGUGAAGGUUCUCACUACACAGAGCCCCGAGACUUGGCCUCUCACAAUAGCAUAUCUUCAACCUCAUUCCUGGGAUCUGGACUUGUAGGGAAGAACAGCGAGAGAGCCUCCUAUUCAGCCUUUGGGAGAGACCCUGGGAUGCCUGGACUCAGUCAGGCUGGCUUCCUGCCCAACGAGCUGGGAAUCAACAGCCCGAGCACUCUGUCCCCCACGGGGGUCAAGGGGGGCUCGCAGUAUUACUCGUAUCCCAACAACCCGCGACGGAGGGCGGCCGACAGCAACCUUGAUGGGCAGCCUAAGAAGGUCCGGAAGGUGCCUCCAGGACUCCCCUCCUCGGUGUACCCCUCAAACUCAGGUGAUGACUACAGCCGAGACCCCACGGGAUACACUUCCUCUAAAUCUGCCAGUACUGUGUACCCUGCAGCCUUCUACAUGCCAGAUGGACUACACAACUCAGCGGACCUAUGGAGCCCAUCUGGCACCAUGAACCAGUCCAACUACGGCUCCUCCAUGCUGGGCAGCUCCUCUUCCCCUCUCCCUCAGAGUGGCGGCUUCAGUAAUUUACACCAGCACGAACGAAUGAACUACCAGAUGCAUUCAGGGGAAGUCAAUGGUGGGAUCCCAUCCGUGUCCGGAUUCUCCUCUGCCACCGCCCCUUAUGGCGUCUCGAGCCAUACACCACCAAUCAGCGGGACAGAGAGCAUCAUGGGUAACAGAGGGACUACAGCUGGUAGCUCAGGAGAUGCACUUGGGAAGGCAUUAGCUUCGAUCUAUUCCCCAGACCACUCAAGCAAUAACUUUCCUUCUAACCCCUCCACCCCGGUGGGUUCCCCUCAGGGAAUUGCAGGCACAUCCCAGUGGCCCCGAACAGGAGCACCCGGUGCCUUAUCUCCCAGCUACGAAGGAACUCUUCACAAUUUACAAAACAAGAUGGAAGAUCACUUAGAUGAAGCCAUCCACGUGCUGAGGAGUCAUGCCGUGGGGCAGACGGGAGACAUGCAUGGCAUCCUUGGGGGUACGCCGGGGCACAGUGGGGCAGUGGGUGCCCUCAGCCAAGCCUUCUCUACUUCUGUCAUGCCCCUGGUGGGGCGACACUCGAGCUUGGUAGGGGGCAGCCACACUGAGGAUGGCCUCCCCAGCAACUCUGGCCUCCUUCACAACCAUGUGUCCCUCUCCUCCCAGCCCGGCUCGCUCCCCGACCUCACUCGGCAGCAGGAUGCCUACAGCGGUUGGCUAAGUCUUUUGCCUCUCCCUGGGUCCCUGCCCCCCACUGCAGGCUUGACGUCGGGGCUGGGGAGAGCCGGCGCCUCUUCGGGAACCAGUGAGAUCAAGAGGGAAGAGAAGGAAGACGAGGAGAACACGUCGGUGGCGGACAACUCGGAGGAGGAGAAGAAGGAGAUGAAGCCCUCCCGGACUAGAACAAGUCAAGAUGAGGAUGAGGAGGACGAACUUCUCCCCCCAGAGCAGAAAGCGGAGAGAGAGAAGGAGAGGCGGGUGGCCAAUAACGCCCGCGAGCGCCUCCGUGUCCGCGACAUCAACGAGGCCUUUAAAGAGCUCGGCCGCAUGUGCCAACUCCAUCUUAACAGUGAAAAACCGCAGACCAAACUUCUAAUUCUCCACCAGGCCGUGUCGGUUAUUUUGAACCUGGAACAGCAAGUGCGAGAGCGCAAUCUGAACCCCAAAGCCGCCUGUUUGAAGCGUCGGGAAGAAGAGAAAGUGUCCGGAGUGGUCGGUGAUCCUCAGAUGACACUUUCAGCUGCUCAUCCGGGCCUGGGCGAUGGUCAUAACCCCGUUGGACAUAUGUAAAGGUCCACCACCCCAGAAAGCCUUGUGACUCACCCAUCUUCCUAAAAUGGGAAAUCCUGGCCCUUCUCCCACCGACGCCUGCCCCGAGAUGGAAGACUCUGGCAUACGCCGUAAGGAGCAAUGUUUCGGUUUUUGGUUUUUUUGUUGUUGUUGUUGUUUUCUUUUUUUUUGUUUGUUUAAAGAAAGGGGGAAAAAAGAAAGAAGGAAAGAAAAUAAACACUUCGUCAAAAAAAUUGCCUUAAGUAUAAAGAAUGGAAGAGUCAAUACAUAUCACUCAGUUAAGAAGGGGAAGACGCUGUGUUAAACUUGGCUUGUUCACAAACAGCCAGCAGCAAAUCGUGCCUAAGCCUAAUAUUUCUGUUUGCUGUUUUUGUUUUUGUUUUUUUUUUUAAGAAGAAUAAAAGAACAUUAGUUAUGAGAUUUUUUAUGUAGAAGAAAAUAGCGAUACCUUUGGGAUUUUUUUUUAAGCUUCUUUUGCGUAUGUUUUGUAAGCGACAGAUUUUUUUGUAUAAAAAAAAAACAAGUCUUGUGUCCCAUGCUUUUCUGCUGCUGUUUCUAUAGUUAAAUGUUGCCUCUCUACGAUCAACCAGAUUAUUAAAAGUUGUAUUAAAAAGAGACUGGGUUAAAAA